GUGAAGCACAGGGAAGGCUUGGGAAGAAUAAUGCAAACUUACGUCCUGCGGGUAGCAGCGAUUCUCUGUUCUUGAAGUUUGGUGCUUCACACAUCGCGAUACAUAAGAGAGAGAGAGAGAGAGGCCCAGCCAACAUCGCUACUAACAAUCAGAUGGCGGGGGUUUAUGCAUUCUUCGUACUGUUAUUGCUGUGGUUGUACUGUGAAGCGGCUACAGCAUCACUUUGCGAUACAGUCUCCUGGUCCGCAGUAUCCCCCGCUCAACCUCUGCACCAAGCUAUCAAGACAAACAACCUGCUUCAGUGUAUGCAUGUAUGUAAAUAUAUCCCCAAAUGCAACUCCGUGACCUAUGAUGUCUCAAGAAGGGACUGCGCCUUACACGCUGAGCGAGGAGAACAACAGGAACCUCAGAGAAAGAUCUUUGAUAGUAUUUGUAAGUUAGGAACAGCUGUUCACGGACCGUGUGACGGCAACCCCUGCCUAAACAAUGCUCAGUGCAUCCCGAUUGGCACCUCCUACAUCUGUCUGGACAUAUUAACAUGCCCGGUGACUGCCUCUCCAGAGAAAGGCAACAUGACUUACCAUGGCAACACUGUUCUCUCACGCCGCCAGCUGGUGUGUGAUGUAGGCUACGAGGUGACGGGGCCAGCAGAGGGAACAUGCACAACGGAUGGUACUUGGGACAAUGCAGGGGUGACUUGUCAAGAGCUUGACUGUGGAAUUCCACCAGCGAUGACAGGUGCGACGGUUGACUACACUGCAACACGCUACGGCAGCACGGCUACGUACACAUGUGAAGCCUUGAUGUCGUUCCCUGGGGGAACCAAGACGAAAACAACAUCCUGUUCCCAAUCUGGAAUUUGGAUCCUAAUCCAAAAGCAAUGUGAAACUGACGUGGUCCUGAUCGACGGAUGGGCACUUGUGUUCCGGAUAUCAGCGGGCAUCAAUGUCUUUAGUUAUGAUGUGUGGAUGAACAGUUCCGUCUACCAUGACCACCCCCUGGACAGAAAGGAUGUCAUGCCCGGAUGUCGAUCACUCAACAGUUCUCUCCCUUGUGACCUUCACUUCCGCAGCAAGGCCCUCAACGAAUGGACCUCUCUUAACAUAAUUCAGGUGAAAAUUCUACUGAUAGCGGAGACCCAGGUGAAAGCAGUGAUUGUAUUUGAUGGAAAAAACUCGAACAAGGAGAGCUGGUUUAACUCCAAAAGGGUGAUAUCAUCAAGCUGGUCCGACCUCUCUUCCUCGACCAUCUUCCGGAUAACUGGCUGGCAGACUCGUCGCUUCUACAUCAACUACUUCCUGGGGAAGUGUGCAGAAGACAGCGGAUGGUUAGUAGUCCUGGAUAGAGAGCCAAGGUGUUCCUCGUACAUGUUUCCCAAAGGACCGACGAUCAUGUAUUCACCAAUUUCUGGGAAAAGUUUGAUUGCAUCAGAAUAUCAGAAAGCUGAUGCCAUGGCCAUCCUUGUGAAGCUGGGGUCGGACUAGUUUGAGAGCCGUAAUGUCAUUGGAUGGGCGAGCCCGAAGACGUCACAACCACGCCUGCUUUCAGACCAGAGACACCUAUACAGCAUAUCCACCAGACUGACCGUCCCCCGAGGAGCCAUGUCAGUUAAUGUUGUCCUUUUUCGGUUGUAAGUCAUUGUCUUCAGUUUCUUUUGUAAAUAUUUCAACUUUGCUAAUAUAUUCUUGCACUUAAUAUCUAUAUUGGAAAAUCAGUGGCCGUUUGACAGCCAUCUUGUAUUUAUUACACUAAGAUACCAAUAGAUGCCAUAUUUUCAUUUGCACCUUCUUUCUUCCUCCCCAACAACUCCUCCUAGCGCUACUAGGGUAUUAUUGUACAGACAAAACUGUACAUUGCGUUGGUUUGUUAUGCAUCACGGGACUCGGACAUUUUAUGGCCGCUUCGUUACAUUCAAGAGUAUUCCAGCUAUAUGAACGUGCCCAGCGUUGGGUUAAGAGUUUUGGUUUUACGCCGCUUUUAGCAGUAUUCCAGCAAUAUCACGGCGGGGGACACCAGAAAUGGGCUUCACACAUUGUACCCAUGUCGGGAAUCGAACUCGGGUCUUCGGCGUGACGAGCGAACGCUUUAACCACUAGGCUACCCGACCGUCCCCGGGUUAAGAAGAUACAUAAGUCAAAGAGCCUGACAACCCGAUCCCCAUUUUCGUCGUUUUUUUUCGUCAAUCAUAAGACCUUCAGGAAAACGAAAACGUUUUAAUUCAAUUCAUCACAUAAGAACUGCGCUAGCAGCCUGUGCAAAACCUGAUACGGAACAAGGAGUCGGUCCUUGUCUUCAAAUGUGUAAAUUGACAAACUUACCUGUCUGCUUAAUCAGAACCAACCAUCUUAAUAGUUGAGGUUCAGUGAUCAGCACUUGCUGCAAGUUCAGUCUACACGCAUAAAAAACCGCAUAGCAAUCGCUCUUUCGGAACAAGGAACAAGCUACCUUUUCACAUCAGAUCACAUCAACAAUAAUGUACUUUUAAGUCCUAACUGAAGACCCACCUUUUCAAGAUCGCCUUUUAUGUGUGAGAUAUUUCAGUCUCAGCCACGUCUGAUAAGUCUCUCUCUCUAUCUCUGAUUAGGUUUCAGUGACGGUCGCAUUUUAUGUUCUCAGAACAAAAAGGCUUUCGUACAGUUUUAGAUGAAAGUUUAGCCCUACAUUGUGUGUAUAUAUAUAUAUUUGUUUGUUUGUAUUCUGACCCCUAAUCCUCACAGUGAUUUGCUAUAUUUAUGUACACAAACGUGUAUAUUGAAUGAUAUGAUUAGGAAGUAGGUUUUUCAUAGUUGAACUGCAUUGGUUAUAUAUGUUUUGCAAAAACUGGUAUUGAUGUAUGUCAUUAAUCAGAAGUGCUUAUAAACUUAAAAUGGUUCAUGAAUGUUUCCGGAAUGUAAAGUUAUGGGGCAUUCUGAAAAAGUGGGGAUGAGGUUGUUUUGGCAAGUGUUUUAGUAAUAAAUAUUAUUUGUACCAGUUCAGUUUUGAGUCUCUAAGUUUCAAUUUGUCUUUCUAUGUGACUAUUUGAUCCAGCAUCUAUAUGAUCUGUUGUAUCCGUUUUUGAUCUUUUGAUCAGGUAGGUAUCUUGAAUAAAUAUUGCGCU